UCAUGAGAAUCUCUCGGUGAGUUGUGGACAAGGAGGAAUUGUGCUGUGCCGAAAACUGGUUGAUACGCAUCUCUAGAGUGCUUGUGGAGUGUGCAGCGCGGGCGACAUGUCGUACAUCGGCAAUGCCUCGGAUGUGGAGCAGGAGAAAAAUAUCACAGAAUUCAGGCGGAACAGGAGCAAUACCAAUCUGACCACCAAGACAAUCGGCAGCCCCAAAAUUGCCGAUGUCCUGUGGAAUGACAAGAGGGACAAGAGUGAAGAUUCCGACGACUCGGAGAUCUCCGACUCGCAGAACUUCCUCGCCAAAGGCGCCUUCCUCCUCACGCCAUCUCACGAACUAUCCAUGGAGCGUGCGGCGCUGAUUUGUGAGAAAAUGAACUUCAAGGGGUGCUUUAGUUUAACAAAGACAGCAACAGGAAUCCUCUUUAAAUUCUCUAGUCCCGAAGACUAUCAGGCAGUCUUCAAGAAGGGCUUCCACAAAGUCACUGGCGCCAGAUUCUAUAAGAAGGUCGCCAUUCCGUGUCGUCCGCAAAAGACAUUCACACUCUUCGUCCUGGACGUGCCCGAGGAUCUGCCCGUUGAGGACGUGAGGCACUCUCUGUACCGCUUCAAUUCCGUCGUAGAGGUCGUGAGGCUGGUAAUUCACUAUCCGUCAGACAAGCCCGGGCAGCCGACAGAAGGAACAUCAACGCCCAAGCCGCAGAUCCCGAAGCCGCCUGUGAAAGAUGACGCGGAUGUGGCUAACCAGAAGGACAGUCCGCCGCCACCAAUUAGGAUCACCCUGGCGUCUCUUGAGGAAUUCAAUACGCUCCUCCAGAACGGAUUGGACUUCUAUGGCGCCACUUUCUUUCCCACGGAAGCCAAUCUGCCGCUCACUGGCGCCAGGAUCGCCACCAAGCGAGGACGUAUGAUUGAUGGAAGCAUACCAGGGCGUGUUCGUGAAUUGCUUCCGGUGUUUGAUGCCGCCGGAUUUUGUAAGAUACCUCCACCGGCUAGCAAAACAAUAAAGCCUCGCCCAUAAUUGAUCGCUGGAGUUUGCUCCAAAUUGAUGAAGGAAGAAUCAUCAUCUUUAACCAACUCUUAAUGCCAUGUAUUCUCAAAUUUAAUUUGCAAUUUUCUUUCCAUAUGACUUUUUUAUUAUAUUGCGACAAUUAUUCCCAGGAGAGACUUCCUGAAUGUGUCAUCGUGAGACAAUAGUUCCUCCAACAA